GUUCUUCCUUAGCCUAUCCCGAUUCUUGACAGCAUAGCUCAGCGGCUGGCUACACCUUACUGACAAAUCAAUCCCGUCUUUGGGAGCAAAAUAAAGGACAGUGAUAGCUGAGGAUUUACACCUUUUCUCAAUCUGCAGCACCGGGCACUGGCUAUCAACCAGAGAAUUGAAGUCCAAUCUUGGACAUCAGGAUUCAGGACAAGGUCACUAGAUUCUACAAGACUUUGUCGCAGCCUCUACAAUGCCAGUCAGAAACCCAAGCUUUCGCUCGUGAAACUCGCGUCUCACCGCCAUCGCUAUCCCGCAAAAUACAUUAGCCAGUCACUUGCUUGCAAGCAUUAUUAAUCGUAUAAGAAAUGGUAGGUCAAUGCUUCCACGUACUUCCCUAAAAAAAAUGCUUGCACGUACGAGCAGAGAAGAAAAACGAUGCCAUGUUGGAGCUGUCAUCCCUGGCCUCCGUUUCAUAUUAAAACCCUUGCGUACGUUGGCACGCGAGUGUUGUUUGUGGAGGAAAUGGGGAGCAGCGCGGUGCAGGUGCAGCGGCGUAGGCGGCAGUUGACGCUGGUUCUGGUGACCACGGCGGCGCUGCUGGAGCGCGCGGACGAGGCGCUGCUGCCCGCGGUGUACAAGGAGGUAGGCGAGUCGCUGGGCGUGUCGCCCACCGCGCUGGGCUCCCUCACGCUGUGCCGCGCGCUGGUGCAGACCCUGUGCUACCCGCUCGCGACGUGCGCCGCGGCGCGCUACGAUCGCGCGCGCGUCGUCGCUGUCGGGGCAUUCCUCUGGGCCGUGGCCACGCUGCUCGUCGGCGCCUCGGGCACAUAUCUCCAGAUGGCGUUGGCAAGGGGCUUCAACGGCGUCGGGCUGGCGGUCGUUGUGCCUGCGGUCUACUCCCUGGUGGCCGACUACAGCGACGACGGCACGCGUGGCGCGGCGUUCGGGUGGGUGACGAUGGCGCAAAGCAUGGGCCACGUCGCGGGGAACUCCCUCGGCGUGCUGCUAGCGGCUACAAGCUUCCUCGGCGUCCCAGGCUGGCGGCUGGCAUUCUACGCCCUCGCGCUCGUCAGCGCCUCGAUCGCCGCCCUAACGUGGCUCCUCGGCGCCGACCCGCGCCCCGUCAGCGUGAAGGCCACGGCUGCGGCCACGCUGGCCCAACUCGUCCGAGAGGCCAAGGACGUGGUGAAGGUGCCGACGUUCCAGAUCAUAGUGGCGCAGGGCGUGGCUGGGUCGGUGCCGUGGUCGGCGCUCAGCUUCGCCGCCAUGUGGCUGGAACUCGUCGGGUUCACGCACUGGCAGACCACCGUCAUCACUAGCCUGAACAGUCUCGCUAACGCGCUUGGCUCGCUGUUCGCGGGGUUCGUCGGGGACCCAGUGGCGCUGCGGUUCCCCAACACGGGCAGGAUCGCGCUUGCGCAGGUGUGCACCGCGUCGAGCAUCCCGCUCGCCGCCGUCAUGCUGCUGGCGCUCCCCGACAACCCCUCUGCGGGGGCCGCGUACGCCGCCAUGUUCUUCGUCUUCGGCUUCGUCUCGCCCUGGUGCCCCGCCUCCACAAACAACCCAAUUUUUGCGGAGAUCGUGCCGGAGAAGGCGAGGACGACGGUGUACGCUAUGGACAGGUGCUUCGAGUCAGUGUUUGCCUCUUUCGCGCCGCCGCUCGUGGGCAUCCUGGCGGAGCGCGUCUUCGGGUACCAACCGGCCUCGUCCGGCACGAGCGUGGAGGCUGACAGGGAGAACGCCGCUGCUCUCGGCAAGGCGGUAUUCGCAGAGAUCGCCGUGCCAGUUGCCGUCUGUUGCCUCACCUACACCGCGCUGUACUGGACUUACCCCGCGGACAGACGGCACGCGCAGAUGGCCGCUCUGCAGGCGGCGGCGGGCGAUCAGGACUGCGACUGUGAAGCAACUUCAGUUGCCCAUGCUGCAGGAGCCGAGGGCUUGAACCAGGCGCUACUUGCCGGGACAAGAACGGAGUAGCAAAUUCUCAAGAAUGCAUACUUGCCUGGCUAAACAAUGGACAUAUUCGAUAUACAAGCGUUUCAAAUACAAAAUACCAAAGAUUUAUUGUGCUGUAAAAAAAGGCUGUUGAAUGGUUUCAAUGCAAAUGAAAGUCAUUAGGGAUGGCAAUGGA